CGCGGCCGCGUUUGAAUGGCCGGGAGUGGGGCUGGGCGGCGGAGCCCGAGGACGCGCGAGGCGGCUGCCGGGUGUCUUUCGUCAGCGCCAGCGCUGGGCUGCGGCGCCGCGGUACCAUGAGGCGCCGGUAUUUAAGAGAUUAUGGCAUCUGAAACCCACAAUGUUAAAAAACGGAACUUUUGUUAUGAUAUUGAGGAUCAUUCCAUUGAUCUUCCUAGAAAAAGGAUCUCUAAUUUCACUAGUAAGAACAUGAAGGAGGUUAAGAAAUCUCCAAAACAGUUGGCUGCUUACAUAAAUAGAACAGUUGGACAAGCUGUGAAAAGUCCGGAUAAACUACUUAAGGUGAUUUAUCGCAGAAAAAAAGUUCAUCAUCCUUUUCCACAUCCUUGUGACAGGAAAAAACAGUCCCCCAAAAGUGGGGACUGUGACAUGGCAAAUAAAGAAAAUGAACUGGCUUGUGCAGGCCACCUGCCUGAAAAAUUACGCCCCGAUUGUCGAACAUAUUUGGUUAGUGCCAGUGAUUCUGGUUCUUCACAGACAGAAAACCCAUCAUCGAAAUAUAGUACUUUUUUUUCUGAGGUUUCUCAGGACCAUGAAACAAUGGCACAAGUUUUAUUCAGCAGGAAUUUGAGAUUGAAUGUAGCUUUAACUUUCUGGAGAAAGAGAAGUAUAAGUGAACUUGUAGCUUAUUUGGUGAGGAUAGAAGACCUUGGUGUUGUGGUGGAUUGCCUUCCUGUGCUUACCAAUAGCUUACAGGAAGAAAAACAAUAUAUCUCACUGGGCUGCUGUGUAGAUUUGUUGCCUCUAGUAAAGUCACUACUUAAAAGCAAAUUUGAAGAAUAUAUAAUAGUUGGUUUGAACUGGCUUCAGGCAGUCAUAAAAAGAUGGUGGUCAGAAUUAUCAUCAAAAACAGAAAUUAUAAAUGAUGGUAAUAUUCAGAUUUUAAAACAACAAUUAAGUGGAUUGUGGGAACAGGAGAACCAUCUCACUUUGGUUCCAGGAUAUACUGGUAAUAUAGCUAAGGAUGUAGAUGCAUAUUUAUUACAAUUGCAUUGAUAGACUUCUGCUAAAGAGCAUUUCCUUACUCAGAACGUCCCUGGACCGCAUGAUUUUCAAAAAGAGUCUCAUUUGAGAACUGUGAACUGUUGAAGAAAUAAAAUGAUUCUUUUCUUUAAGAAGCUACAUAAUGAAACCACUAACAAAACCCUAACAAUCUACUUCACAUUGAAGUGGAAAAGUAUCAGAAAGGAGCAGCUAAAGUUUCUGUGAGGUGAAAGUGCACUAUGAAGAUUGUUCACCUUGCUGCAUUUGGGAUUUGUAUGUUUAUUUGGUUACCUGUUUAAGAACUACUGGGUCUUAAUGCAAUCCUACUUACGAGUAUAAUUUAUACUAUGUGAAAAAAAUAAGACAGGGCUUGCUACUAGGAACCACAAGACCAAUCAUCUUUUCAAGAAUGUGUUUAAUAAUUAAAAAAAAAAACACUUAAACAUAUGCAGCUAUUUUCUGAUGUUGAAAAGACUUUGAGAGUUUAAAACAUCGUAACAAAUAAUACUAAAACUUUUGUUCAAACUGAAAAACUGUGUAUACAAAAUGCCUUAAUUAUUAGUAAGCCAAUGCGUAUGAUACCAAUAUUUGUUUCAAAAAAGAAAAGAAAACCAGCUGUGCUUCUGGCAUGAUAAAAUCAUGGAAUUAAGUCAGGGGUUUCCAUUCAUGGAGAAUGUUGUUAAAACUAUUACACGCCAUUUUAAAACUUGAGAAUAUUUUUAGUAUCUCUGAUUUUUUUUUUUGCCAGAAUCAUCAUGUCAUGUAUGUAUGUGCUACUCCUUUAUUAAAGAAAAUGGUGAUAUGUAUUUGUAUGAAUGUUUAACUGGAAAUAUCUGCAGAGUUGGCUAAUUUAUGUUACUGUUUAUUGUAUAUGUAUUUCUUAUAUUUUCAGUUCUGUAUUGUUUUUCUUUCAUUUGAGUAAAUUCACUAAAUAUUUCUAU